CGGAGCCUCGACCUCUCCCCAGCCGCCUUAAAGAGCUGCCGCCUAUCGUCGGUCACUGCCUAAGUGUGAAGCUGCUCGGACUUGGCUGCCGCUGCAGUGGCUCCUGCUGGGACUUUCCUCUGAAGGACAGGUGCUCGGCGUGGACAUCGCAGGAAAGAGCUCCCUGGUACAGUGCAUCAGUCAGGAUCAGGUCUCCUUGCCUACGGUUGUACCUUCCCAGUGAUGGUACUCCCCAGUGAUGGUUCUCCUGGUGCUCCAGUGAUGUCUCUCCUGGUGACAAUAUCAGAUCUCCGUGCCCAAUGAUGGCUCUCCUGGUGCCAAGAUCCGCUCUCCUUGCUGGUUGGGUAUUCGUAAACAAAGCGCCUACCUUGCUUGGUGCAGGCAGGCCAGUGAAACAAAGGAACUCCCGUCUGCCUGUUUUUCCUGAGGAUUCGCCCCCAGUGCCCAGACAGGCCAGUGAAACAAAGGAACUCCCGCCCGCCUGUUUGCCCUGAGGAUUCGCCCCCAGCGCCCGGACAGGCUGAGCUAGGAGUGCACUGCACUACGCCUCUGCCCAUAAUCAUCCUAAUGUAGUGACAUUGCUAUCGUCCAACGACUGUACCGAUAUUAAUAUGAAGGAUGAUGAAGGCUGCACACCCUUAAUUAAGGCCACCCAACGGGACAACAUAGAGUGCAUCUCUAUACUACUCAUGCACGGUGCUGAUCCCCACAUUAUAGAUGCCAAUGGCGAUGCUGCCCUCCACCACGCCAUUUGCAGAGGGAACAUAACAGUUGUCAGCAAACUGCUGGAGUAUAAUGUAGAUAUUGACACCGAAACAGAGUAUGGGUUGACACCCUAUAAACUCGCUUUAUUUGAAAAUCAACUUAAAAUGGCGGAGUUUUUAAUUGAGAACGGUGCAGAUGCACCUUCGGAGCUUACACCAAAUAGUGGAGGAGCAGCUGCAGUAGAAUCAGAACAAUCAAUGAAAAAGUAUGCCAUCUUCAACCAAGAAGAAAAUUUCAGCACUGACAUAAAGUCUUCUUGCAGUGCAGUAAGACCAGCAAGACAGCUAAAAUCCCUAUUGAAGAAGUCUUUCCAGAUUAAAAGAGGUAGUCGAAGACUAAAAGACCAGAUCUCACUCAGUGAAGGAACAAUGACAAGAGAGCCAGAGAAGAGAAAGAAAAAGUGUGUCACCUUCAACAAAGAAGUACAUUACAAUACCAAUAAGAAGCCUUUUUGCAGGGGCAUACGACCACCUGAAGAGCUGAAACCAAUACUUAAGUCUCUUCAGAUCAGUGGAGAUAAUGGAAGAAAUCAAGACCAAAUCUCACUCAGGCUCUCUGAAAGACCUCAUGUUACAACAGAGGACAUGGCCACCACCUCUGCUAUUAAGGAGGAUAUUGACAACUCUUCCUCCAGGUACACGAUCAUACAGAAACAAAUUUUGUAUUACAAGAAGAUCACUGCAAUGAAGAAACUGGACCAAGCAGGUCUUAGCAAAUCAGUGCUAGACCUAAGUACUCUGGGAGAGGCACUUCCUGAAUUCUCUAGAAAGAAGUCAUUCUUCAUGGUUGAAACAAAGAAGGGAGAAGGUUUCCUUCCUCCACCUAAUGUGCAUGACAUCGUGCCCCAGCCUCCUGCCCAUGCCGAUGCGACAUCAACUUCUCAUGUUAGUGAAAAAGGUGACAAUCGUCAGUCACCUGAGGAAACUACUGUUAAGAACACCAGCGUUAGUGAAAGAGGUGACAGUCGUCAGUCACCUGAGGAAACAGCUGUUAACAUCACCAGCGUUAGUGAAAGAGGUGACAGUCGUCAGUCACCUGAGGAAACAGCUGUUAACAACACCAGCGUUAGUGAAAGAGGUGACAAUCGUCAGUCACCUGAAGAAACUACUGUUAACAACAUCAGCGUGGAUCACACACGUUCUCUAGGUGACGCGUUGCACCCUCAGAAUGCUAAUAUGCGGGUUCUUGCUUCAAGUCCCGCUCACCGCACCAGCUAUGCAGCGAAUACCCCCACCAAGGUUUUUUCAAUUUGGGCAGCAACCACAUCAUUGCUUCUCCUAACAUCGUCAUUAUGGUUGCUGAAGUUGGUGGCUUUGAUGAUGCCGUGGGUAUGGAACCUAAUUUAGAAAUCCUGCACAGUUAAAGUUACAAGGAGCUUAACAAGUUUCUGCUGAAGAACCUAUGAGGAUCUCCUGUCAUCAAGUAACAAACUGUCAGAAACAUUUUUUGAGGUUUUCUUUCAUUUUAUUGUUUGAAGAAUAUUUUCAGUUUACUCUUUGACAUUUUAAUGUAUGUAAUUUAGUUUCUGCUGAAGAACCUAUGA